AUGUCCGAUCAAGACACUCAUCAAAAUAAAUACAGUGAAUUGCGAAGUAUCUACCAAUACUACAUCGAUUCAUUUAAUGCCUUGUAUCAGCUAAAAACAGAAAAUGAAGAAGAAUUAAACAAGAUUUACAAAACGAUCAAAACAGAAUUGAUUGAAUCAAAGAAAUAUCCUCCUGUAUAUGCAAUAAAAGAUAUAUUAAAAAUCAUUCCAUAUAAUAAUCGCUAUACAAAGUCAUAUAUCUCUCUGGCCAAACUCUUUGUUGAUGAAUAUCAUGUGGAAGAGGUCAAACAAACUCCAAACAUUUCUAUCCUCCUGUUUUACAAAGAAUAUGGAAUUAAAUUAAGCAAGUAUGAUGAUUUAACAAUAAUUAACUCAAAAAAUCUCGACAUUCAUACAGGAAAUACAAUAUACAGAGCGAUUAUGUAUAAUGACUUAGAAAGAUUCAUCCAAUUCACAGAAAGAGAUGAAUUUGAUAAAAAUCAAAGACUUAAAAGUGUUUUAUAUCCAUAUUCUUAUAGAGGAUAUUCAUUACUUGAAUUAUGUUGUUAUCAUGGAGCAGUUGAUUGUUUCAAGUUAUUAAUAUCGAAAUUUAACUCAGAAAUCACUAAAAAUGUCUUAAGUUAUCAUUUUUAA